GGUCGACUUUUGCUUUUGUUCGUUCUCUACCAUAUCUGGCAGUUUACGGCUUAUAAAAGUGUUAAAAGUUAUGAAAAUCACCCUAAAAGAGUUUAUAGGUGCUUGCGAAUAAGGAACUCACCAAAUUUCCCUCAUAAUUUUACUAAAUUAAUUGGAYGGAAGUGAAACCUCACAUCAUCUGGUUUGGAGAGCGUUUGCCUGCAUGAUGACAGUUGAUUACGAUCUUUCUGCGCGUCUUGGGUCUGGGAAAAAAUUCUUGCGCACAGAACAAACAAGACUGCCAGCUCGAAGUCAACCAAGAUGUGACCAUAUGAGAGAAAUGCAGACCAACACACUCAUCUUCAAUUGAUGUUGAUGUAAAAUGCACUUGGAACCACUAUAUCGCACAAUAAAAAAGAUAUAAAAGAAGUUAAAGGAAUUGAAUAGCUGUUAUAUCAUGGAUUAGAAGCCUUCCAUCAAAGGAGUUGCAAAGCACAGGAAGUCCAUGCAGUUCGACUUACUAGUACUACUAUAACAGUACUAUAUAGUUUUGUUAUAAACCACCAAGUCUCACUAAGAUUGCCUUAGAAACGUCCAGAGUUUUCCGCUAAAGGUCGCGUUCAUUUGGUUGCUAUGGCGAUUUUAUUACGUCACCAUAGUAACCACUCUGAUCACAAGCAAUGUAAUUUAGACCAUAAUAUAUUCAAAAAUUGAACAAAUUGUAGUCACCUUGCUUUGCGAUCGGUUUGAAUGGAUAGAAAGGGUAUUUGAUGCUCAUGUAUCUUUUUACCAGACAAUCGACAUAUAGAACGAGGACACCUGCCGCAUAAAAAGUGAGGUAAYUGAAAUAUCAAGAAAGUUAAAUUAAUCGAAAAAAACUGAUAAGUAGAAAGUUCCGUUCAGUUCUUGGAUUUUCGCAUGCAUGUUAAUCUUGCUUAAAAUUUUCUAUUUUGACUUGGAUAACGAUGUCUAUGCUUGUUAAUACUAGUUAAGUACUCGACUCACAACAUGGAUAAAGCCAAUAAUCGUAAAAAAGCAGUCGGAAAUUGCACGUGGGACAAAAGAUACGAACUACCGUUCCUUUUGCAUGAGACUAGUACACUAAACUACUUGUGUACCUCGACAGAUGAAAACGAAGUGAAGGAGCUCAUGGCCUAUUUUUAAACGAAGAUGCGAUCUGUAUCUUUGAAGACUAUUUAUUUUGAAUGUCGAGACUGAAUUAUGAUGAGAUUAUUUACAAAUAUGGWCAUGUUUCGAAUGAUAAUUUCUGUUUAGCAAUAACAUUUGAGAUAAGGUGAGAAAAAAAUAGAGUAUAUUUGGAUUUAGCUGGGAAUAUUUUGCAUUGGCGGAGUACUGUAGGAGAUCUAGAAGUAGUAAGAAAAUACCUGAGAGGGAGAGUUUUUUAGGAGAAAACUGCUUGUUCAUGUUUUGCUGCUCAAGGUAUGAUAUGAAAUACAAGUAAUGUAGUACAAGGUUGCACUUACCUAGAUUGGCAGACUAAAAAAAAGUGAAAAAAAAAAUUUUUUGCCUCAACUUGUUGUUGAUGUUUUUCUUGUUUUACAGGGCUGAUAUUCAAGUUCGAUCCGGCAAAAUGUCGCGGCUUCGACGACUGAAAUUGAUCCCUAGGAGAGGAAAAAGGAAAAUGUCAUAUGGAAUGAAGUCGUGUCGAAGUGUCCCCUGCCUGGACGUGCCGGAAAAUGUUAUACUCAAAAGUGCCAAAUCCACCGAAACGAUGAGCGAAGCGAUGGAUGAUCUGCUAAAUCAACUUCAAAUGGUACAGCGGAUGAUCGAUAUAUCUGCUACAAAACUACACAGUCUGCGUGUAGAAGGAGCUACCGAUACUAACCUAAUCCAGCAAGAAAUACGGACAGUUGAGGGGAAACUUGUGAAGCUAUUUUCUCGGAUGCUCGUCGCCAAACAUUCAGUGAUCAAUGAUGGUGUUGAAACAGGAGAACUUAGUAAAUAUCCUAGCUUAGUGCAGUGGCUUAGGGUUGUAGGAGUCAACGAAGACGCAAUAGAACAACUUUCCAAAAAGUGUGGCUCGGUAGAAGGGCUUUUGUCACUUCCAAGUGAUAAAGUGAAUAAUGUUUUGAAUGGUUACUACAAUGGUGAGGAGGAAAGCAGAAGGCUUUUAUCAGCUCUACAACACCUUCAUGCAUACACAGAGAGACAAAAGCAAGGCCAUAAAGAUAGCACUUCUGAAAUCUAUUGGGAUUCAUGGGACACCGGCAAAACUAAAGAAAAAACAGGAAAUUCYACCUCAUCKGCGAGAUCGUCUAGAUCUUCUGCAACAUUUGAAUCCGACGAUGCCUUACCUCCUUCUCCACCGAGCUCUGAUGCUGACACUGAUGCCUCAAGGCUGUCUGCCAGUGAUAUGUCUGAUGUGUCACAUAGCCCUAAGCACAGCUCUAGACAAAGGGUUCCCAUCAUCUUUCCAACAAGCCCAUUGAGCAGUCCUUUAAAGAGAAGCAAAUCAGAUGAGGUGAAUAUAGACAAUAAGAUUUAUGUGGAUAAAGGAAGCUCUACUGUUGGAAAAUAUCGUGGCAAAAAGCUGACUCCAGUAAUUCCCCUCACAAUAGAAAUCCCUAAAAGUGUCAGUGGUGACCAACUGUCCAUUCAGUCAGACUCUGAUUCAGAAUGCUUGAGRAGUAAUUAUUCUUAUGGUUCAAGUUCUCCCAAAACACCAACAAGGCAUGUCAUGGGUCAUGCAAUCAAACACAUAUUUUCACAGAAGAAGUUUAUGGUUAGCAGGUCAUGUGAUUAUUGUCACAAGAUAUUAUUGAGUGGAGUAAAAUGUAAAGCAUGCAAAUACAAAUGCCAUAAGAGAUGUGCCAAGCAAGCACCGCCAUCUUGUGGCUUACCUAAAGACUUUGAGGAAUUUUUCAAGCAGACAUUCAAGAGAGGAUAUGAGUAYCGAUCMUUGCCAAUCAUCAGAUCACAAGUCAAGAGAACCAACUCCGAGCCAUCUAACAUUGCAAAUCAAGUUGGUGAUAUGAUAAGAGAAAAAAAGUCCAGAAUCCAAAAUCGAAGYGUUGGUGACUURUGCAUUAACACCAUAGACAAUAGCAAGCCUAGCAGAUAUAACUAUCACCAGAAUCAUGACGGAGUGAGUAUGGAUUCAGGAUCAACAUCAUCUGCGUCAUCUCCACCGUCGUCACCAGUUUUGUCAUCUGGAGGGAAGGGRGAUUAUACUCCUAGUCCACCCUCUCCCUCUGAAGAGCGKGAUGGUUUUCCCAACCCAGUUGGCUUUUAUUUUCCUAAUAGAUAUGGAUCUAAUGCAACAUCUGUGAUGUCAAACUCCAGUAACGACUUAAUAGACUCUACAGGAACACUAACUAGAACUGAAAGUACAAAAUCAAGACAGAGCAGCAAUACCACCAAUAGCAAUGAAUCUACUAUUUCAGGGGGUGAUGUACCGGGGGUAGAUGAUCUUGACAUACAAAUAUCAGAUGUUGAUCCUGAAAGCAGAACUUGGGGAAGAAGGGUGGAUUUAUCCACAAGAGCAUUUGGGAAAGCCUACAUGUUAAUGGACCUACAUACACGCGGUAGUCUGAUGUCAGAAUGGGUGAUACCCUUCGAUGAGUUAGAGAUCUACGAGAUGCUCGGGUAUGGAAGGUUUGGUAAGGUGCAUCGUGGGAAAUGGCAUGGUGAAGUGGCUAUCAAGAUGAUUGAGAUUGACAAUCCRACAGAGGAGCAGCUUAAUGCGUUUAAAUUUCAGGUGACAACUUUUCGGAAGACUCGCCAUGAUAACACUGUACUGUUUAUGGGUGCAUGUAUGGACCCACCCAAACUUGCAAUUGUUACAAGUCUUUGCAGAGGUCACUCUCUUUACACCCACGUUCACAUYAAGAAAGACAAUUUUCCCCUCGCAAAAAUCGCUCAGAUCACGACGCAAAUCGCCCAGGGUAUGGGAUAUUUAAAUGCUAGAGGUAUCGUUCAUACGGAUCUGCGGUCUAAAAACGUUUUCCUGGAGCUCAACAGUAAAGUUGUUAUAACUGACUUCGGUCUUUACAGUGUUGCAGGCCUCACUGUCAAGUCUGUCAGGCCAAACUAUUUAAUGAUUCCACGAGGAUGGCUAUAUUAUCUAGCACCAGAAAUUAUGCGCAGUUUAACCACUACUCAAGAUGCUCCUGAAUCUAAUACUUUUACAACCAAGUCUGAUGUCUUUGCUUUUGGGACUGUUUGGUAUGAAAUGUGCGCAGGCGCUUGGCCAUGGAAGAAACAACAUCCCGAAACCAUCAUCUAUCAAGUCGGCCAGGGAUGUAAACAACCACUCAACAAGCUUGACUUACCUACAGAAGUUAAAGAAGCGAUAAUACUCUGUUGGGCAUUCCAACCCAAUUCAAGACCAUCAUUUAGUGCACUUUUAAAACUAAUCGAUCGUUUACCCAGAAAGCACCGUCUACAUCGAAGUCCUUCUCAGCCUUGUACUGUCAUACGGCCAUCAGAGGCGUUAAUGUAGUGGGAAAUGAAUGAGUGUCCUACCUGGAAACAAUCACUAAUACGGUAGAUUGUAAACUACCUUUUCAAGGUUAAAGCAAUUUMAAAAUUGACACAAAUUUGAAUGUUUCGCCCGCAAUGAAUUAUGGGUGUCGCAGAGUAAAUGCUGAACCGGUCUUCAGGUCAGAUUGUGAUAUCCAAAAAAUAAUAGAUUAGGUUAGAGUGCAUGCAUUGAAAAAUCAAGUAGACUGCUUGCUUGUAUUUUCUGUGACCUAUCAAAUAGGUCUCUUGUAACCAWAAACUCAUUUUGAGUUUCAAAUACAACRCGGCUUUCUUGUCCAUAUCUUUAUGGUACGUAUGCAAUGGCCAGCGUGCAAAUCUUUAAUUAUUUAAAACUAGAGUAUAACAUAGCAAUGAUUCUCUGCUUACUCAACAUUUUUUAUARUUGUUGUGCUAUCUUGUAGAUAAAWACUAURGUUUUUCAUUCAAGAAUGACUUCUAAUUUAUUGGUCUCGCUAARUGUACGAUUUUGUAAUUUCAAUUGAAUGUUAGCGAAUAAUUGAACGAAAUAGUUAGAAAAUCUUUAAGAUUGUGGCCGGCGUAAGUGUUUCAACCUCGUGUCUUUYAGCAUAAUGCUUCUUUUUCUUGCGAAGGUAAWUUUUAUUGUUUUCUAUUGAAAAUGCAAAAUGUGUCCAUUCUAAAAUGGUUUCUUAUAUUUUUGACAGUUUUAUUUUACAAAUGUUGCACACACAUAUUUUUUAUUUUAUUGUACAUUUAGUGACCAUUUCGCAUGUAAGUGGUUUAGGACUAAAAAUUGUUUUGGAAUUUUUUUAGUCAGUUUUCCGAAGUAUUAUAAGUAAUUAUCAAGAUGUUUUCCUCGAAGAGUGAUCAGCUAAACAUUUUUUUUCAUCAACUGUGCUGUUAUUUUUUAUUGAAACAUUUCGCGUAAAGCUGUUAGGAAACUAUUUAAGACAGCUAAUUCAAUGUAUUAUAGUACUGUAAAUUAUCUUUAUAAGUUGUAUUGCCUUGAGAUUAGGGUGGUUUUCAUUAACCUGUAGAACAAACCGAAARGCCAAAGAAGUUUUUUUCAGUUCGGUGUUUCAGUAAAACCCUGCGCCGUAUAAGAGCCUAAAAUUUAAGAAUUUGCCAGUCUGAAAUUUCCAUUUUCAACGUGGUCKCACUUCACAUAAGAACCAUUUCAGCCUAAAAUUUCAAAGUAGCCUAAUUUCCAAAUAUAAAGUUUGAUAUAAAUAGUUACAAUCUAACAGUUUCCUGAUUUAGAAUCUAUAGUCUGAGCCUAACAUGUUCAGGCUGUCUUGAAAAAAUCUUGGUUCUUGUACGCGGGUUUUUACUGUAUUACACGUCUUUUCAUACAAUUUGGCACACGGGUUUUUGGAAGUUUGUUUAUUUCCAUGAAAGCCACUAAUAAUGCUGUAUGUAGCUUUUCUUUGCGAUUUAUGUUGUAAAUACUGUAGGAAUGAAUUCAAAGAAGCUUUUCUCUAACGACGAGAGCACUGCACAAUUUAUGCGAAUUAUACAAAAGAAUGACUCAUUGUUAAUUUUUAAACAAGACAAAAAUAAUAAUGAAUAAAAACAAGUAACAUGGCA